UUCUGUGCAGCUUAGACAAUUUCAUAGUAAAGUUACGCGCGUCGACAGCGCGAGGUCGUGUAUCGAUAUGCAUGACAUCAAUAUACCGUAAAGAUAAGGUGAUGUUUUACUUUUAAACAAAAAAUAACGACAACAUAUAGAAAGUGAUAGUUUAGAGAGACGGCGAAUUUCCGGGUCCUGUGAUUUAAGUCAGUCAGGUGGUUUUGUGAAGGAGCAGUCGUAGGAAGAAGAAGGAUUGUUCUCUGAGCUCCUUACAAUGUCUUAACACAAAAACAGAAUAAUAUUUUUUUAAACCCCUCCCACCUGCCCAAACAAACUUACAUUGCGUUUCAGAGCUAUCUAAUACGGAAAAGAAGCGGUUGAUUAUGGCGAACAGUACGGUAACAGAGUGUAAAGAGUACUUGUUCAAAGUUUUGGUAAUUGGGGAAUUAGGUGUCGGCAAAACCAGCCUCAUUAAGCGGUACGUACAUCAACUGUUCUCCCAGCACUAUAGAGCAACAAUUGGCGUGGACUUCGCUCUGAAAGUUAUCAACUGGGACAGCAAGACACUGGUCAGGCUGCAGCUUUGGGACAUAGCAGGUCAGGAGAGGUUUGGCAGCAUGACCAGGGUGUAUUACAGGGAGGCUGUAGGAGCUUUCAUUGUCUUUGACAUGACAAGAGGAUCCACCUUCGAGGCAGUUUCAAAGUGGAAACACGACCUGGACAGUAAGGUGAAGCUGCCUAAUGGGAGGCCUAUCCCUGUUGUGCUCCUCGCCAACAAGUGCGACCAAAAGAAGGACAGCAAUGGAGACAACUCCUCCAACAUGGAUCAGUUCUGCAAAGAGAGUGGCUUCCUAGGCUGGUUUGAAACUUCUGCCAAGGAUAACAUUAAUGUGGAAGAAGCUGCCCGAUUCCUGGUGGAGAACAUCCUAAUCAAGGAUAAGAGUCUCCCGAAUGAAGACAGUAAUGGGGAUACAGUAAAACUGGAUCAGGAGAGAGUGGCAGCAGAGAGCAAAUCCCAGUGCUGCUAACAGGCAUGGCUCUUCCAGAGUGGAUUCAACUCGGGGGUUGUUUUUCGGAGCUACAUAUCAUGACUCUACAGUAAACCUACCGUGGUCGGGUCAUGUUGGACUUGGCUUAUCAGGAUACAGUGUAAUAAGGCUGGGCAAUAAGCCAUAUAUUUUUCUUUAUCCUGGCUUGUGGCUUACCACUACCUUAAUAUGCUCCAGAACCAGUAAUGGAGCUGUGGUACUCCUAGAAGGCCUACAGAGUAACUGGGGGUAUUUUAUCAGUUGACGUUAUAAAAAAUAAAAUAAAAAACAUAAUCUAGUUUUGUUUUAGCUACUUAUCUGAUCCAAAAUUCUUUACAAGAAGCCUUAGUAAACCCAUGGACAAAUUCCCAAAUCAGUCUCAAGCCUUAACUAAUAGGCCUCUGGAUCAUUUGGAUCACAUGUUAUUUUAAAUAUAAAAUUCUUGUCUUGGACCAAUGGUUUCCUGAAGGGAUUCAGAUUUGCUGCUGUUCAAGUUCAUCCCUUUUUACCUCAAGGUUACCUAAUUUUAGAUGCCAUAACUCAGUUUCAGAGUUUAUUCUAUCUUGUAGCUGAGACUGGGGAAUUUUCCCGCCUUGCGAUGAGAUACUUGCCCAAAUGUCAAACAAGGACCCCCUUUUAAUUGUGAUCCAAAGCCCUCAGCAUUAAUAUUAUACAUAUUGAAAGAACUUAGUUGCAUUUUUGUUUGUUUGUUUGUUUUUUAUUGCUAAUGUUAUAACAUUUUAUUUAAAUUAUUUUAUUCUUAAAUAAUGGCAACAAACUUUACAGUUGCAUCAAAAAAAGCCAUAGGUCUCAAAGUGUGCUUGAGUUUGUAGGUAGUGGUAA